AUGUGUGCUCUGUGGAUGUUUGUACUCUGUGGUACUAAAUCAAAGUCAAACAGCUGAAUCGGAUGCGUAUCAAAAAGUAUUGCUAAAUUAUUAAUUAUUUUUAUUGUAAUGUAGUAAAACGUACGUAACUAAAGCUUAGCCAGGAAGUUAGCUUUGAUGUUGUAAAGCGGCCGAUUAAUAAUGUCGGAGUACGACUUGCAAUUCGAAAAGGACCUGGAAAAGGCUCAGGCUCUGAGUUUAGAAAGUUUGGCAUUGGAGCAGUUUAAAAGGCAGAAGCAGCUAUCUAGUUCAGAUAAUGGCCAAGAUACCAGCGGCAGUGUGCGGCGGCGCGACGAUUGCGACGGACCGCCGCCGGCUUUACCGCCCCCGCCCAGGAGACCGCCCAGAAGGACUUCUAGCUCGGAGAGUUCUAGGUCUACAGGUACUAGUCCGACUCGAAACUCCAGCAGUGAUCUGAUAUCGUUCACGAGCCCCACCAGCAAAACUGCGCCAAAGGAUCCCCAUGCCUCGCUCAAGGAGUACAUAGAUCAAAUCAGCAAAUUAGGUCAGCAGACCGAAGAAAUAACGUCGAACACGCCAGAACAAUCUCAAGCAAUGAACAACCAGUACAACCAACGCCCAGGCUAUCCAUACCCACCAUACAACUAUGGCUACCCACCAUACACGCCAAUGGCGCCAUAUCCAACAACACCGUACGGAAUGCCAACGCCAAUGGGACCAAUGCCCAACUACUACUACCCGCAAAUGUUGGGCCAAGAUCAACACCAACAACCGACAUACGUAGUAACCAAUCCGCCAAUGUACGCGCCAACGAUCCCAUACGCACAAACUAGAAUGGCCGCCCCGCCUUACGGUUACCCACCCCCUACACCACAACCCCCCGGUUCUUACAACUACAAUACAACGAACUUGAUAUCUCGACCCACACGGCCAGCUGUAGUGUAUCCCCAAGUGAAUCAAAUGCCAAGACUAGUUAUGCCGCCAAGUAAUGCACAAACAAAGAAUAACAGUAGUAAUAAUAGUGUAUUAGCACCAGUUGUGAAGACAGAGCCUUCGAGAAACAGUGUGGAAAGUAAUACUUCGAAAAAGUCAGACGGGUCCAACGGAUCGGCCGACGAGUUGGGCAACUUACCACAGUCGUUGAACCUGAUCGACUUCGGCCGCAAGCCCGGCGGGCAAGGUAGCGUAAGAGUCAGUGUGCUAGAGGCGUUCGAUCCGCUUCUACUAACUGAACAGAAUCAUUCUGACUAUGCGACGAAAAGCGAAUGUUCGAGCGUAUACGAGGAAUACGACCCGUUGGACUUCUUGUAUGGCGAAACGGAGUUACGCGACGCGCCCGUAUACGCUACCAUCAACAAGAGGGAGAGUGUGGCGGUGCCUUCGCCGCCGCCUAAGAAGAUCCCCAGUGUACCCGCCGUGCCGAAGAGGCCAACCACGAAUAAACUUUACGAUUGUAUUAUAAAGUCACGAACAAAAAAUUAUGACAGCGAGCACAAAGCGUUUCUGAAAAUGGUCAUCGAUGUGCGGAAAAGGUUCAGUUACACAGACGAGAAAACAAACCCUGGUCACGUGAUAGCUGCGCGCUCGGGAGGCAAAUACCCACCGAACACUAGUAUUAAGAUUCUAGUCUACAACUCCCAUACUGAGGAGCCUAUCACAUUUACUUCUGAUGUGGAGUCAACCGUGGAACAUGUAAUAUUGACGGUAGUUUGCUCACUCGACGAAGAUAUAAGAGAAGACAUGUCAGGAUACAUGUUGAGGGUGUGGGGUGCCAAAGAAUACUUAACGCCGGGCAGUUCGCUCAGCGAAUACGACUACAUUCGCGAGAGUGUGCGCUUAGAGAAAGACGUCCGUCUCUGUCUGACUGAGGGCAGGGAGACGGCGCUGGCAAGGACAGAGAGAGACGACGCGAGAGACGCGCACCUUACUUUAGAGGAUUUAAUAUCCACACAGGGCACCAUGCCCAUGUUGUCGUUUGACAAUCUUUCAAUAUUGUUAGAGACCCUAGAGGGCGAGUUGUCCCGCGCGGUGGGAGUGCUCGGCGCGGAGGGAGUGUGCUCCCCCAGCGCCGUGUUCCAGGCGGUCAAGGCGAUCUGCGCUCUGGCGGGCGGCGUGGAGACGCUGCACGUCACGCACACGCUCAACGCGUUCUCACAGGCGUGCACUGCGCAGAUUACGGGCACGGUCCGGCCAGAGAUCCAAUCAGAAAGCGGCCCAUACUGUUCGGUGUCGCUGCGUGCAGCGAACGCGCGCGAGUUGCUCGCGCAACAGUGCUCGCGCGUUCGCGACGCAGUGCGUGCACUGAUCGCGUUGUACACGCGCGCCAGGCUGCUUGACUUCCAAAUGGCGGACGGACCUACUGUUGCGACUGAUCCUAGCAAAGCGGUCUCAUCUCAAACAAUAUCAGAGACCAUGUUGUUCUGCAUCGAGGCGGUCCACUGCUUGCCUCACUGCUGGACUCACGACGAGUAUCUGUUCCACACGCAGAUUUACUACGGAACCCGACCUUUGAAAACGUUACACGUCACGCACAUAUCCAAGAUCGAGUGUGGUGGGUUUUACCCUAGGAUUAUUUUUGAUACUUGGUUAAACCUGGAGGAUGUUCCAAUAAACACACUCCCCCGCGAGUCGAGGUUAGUGUUCACAUUGUUCGGGCGCACGCAGCGCACCGACGAGCAGCACCAGGCUGAACAGCAGAACAACAAGGAGGGCGAGGAGAACGGUGACGUGCAGUUCGAGCAAGUGGAGCUCGGCUGGACGGCUGUGCAACUAUUCGAUUAUGAUAAAAUGUUAGCGUCGGGACACUACGUGCUGCCUCUCUGGCCCGCGUGCUGCGAUCGUCGCAUCGGCCCCGCCCCGCACCCGCUGCACACCCCGCCCGCGCCCUUCCCUCUUGUAAAUAUUGAAAUACCCCUAUACACGCGCACAGGUGUCAAAUGGACGGACGACGAGGAAGAGAAGUCGUUGUCCGUUGAAGAUCUACCAACGUUUGACACUUUGGACGGUCACACGCAGUCGCAGCUGCUGCAUCUCAUAGAGCAGGGCGCCUACCAGAGGAUGCCCACAGAAGGUAGAGAGAUUCUAUGGGAGAAACGCCAGUAUCUGGUGGAGCUACCAGGCGCCUUGCCGCUCGUGCUGCUGGCCGCGACCAACUGGUGCGGGGAGCAGCGCGCGCAGCUCGUGUCGCUCAUACAGCUGUGGGAGAAGCCCUCGCCGCUCAACUCCAUGCAUCUGCUGUUGCCCUGUUUCCCAGAUGCGGCAGUGCGGAAAUUUGCAGCGUCAUUAGUAAACGGCAUGUCCGACGACGAGCUGAUCCGAGUGCUGCCGCAGCUUGCGCAAGCGCUGCGCUACGAGACGUACGAAGCGAGUCCGCUUGCAGAGGUUUUGUUAUCUCGGGCGCUGACGAGUCCGGCCGUGGCACACAAAUUGUUUUGGCUACUAGUUCAUUCCCUGCCAAAUGUACCACAGGCACCAAAUCAGGAGUUCUUGGGCAUAAGUUUGGAAGAGAACGCUGGUGACUGUCAAGAAAUGGACGCCUGUCUGACGGCCACGUGGAGGUAUCGCCUGCUGUUGCGGGCGCUGCUGGCUAUCUGCGGAGAGAACUUGACUAAAACAUUGCUUAGACAACAACUGCUGGUUAAGAUGGUAGCGGACGUGGCGAUGUCGGUGAAGUGCUCGAAGGAGGCGUUGCGGCAGCGUGCGCUGUACGUGGGCGGCGAGAAGCUAUCGGGCUUGCUGCGGCAGGAGCCCGCCGCGCUGCCCUUCGCGCUGCACCGAUACGUGCACGAUAUCGACGUCAAGACUUGCUCGUAUUUCUCUUCAAACACACUUCCUUUGAAAAUCAAUUUUAUUGGCAUCGACUGCGCUGUCAUUCCAGCUAUGUUUAAGGUCGGUGACGAUUUGAGACAAGAUUCGCUAGUACUCCAAGUGAUCAAAGUAAUGGACACCUUAUGGUUGAAAGCUGGACUAGAUCUCCGGAUAGUGACAUUCCAAGCGCUACCCACCAGUAGAAAACGGGGGAUGAUAGAGAUAGUGUCUGAGGCGGAAACAUUACGAGCGAUACAGACCGAGUGGGGCCUCACGGGCUCCUUCAAGGACAAACCCAUAGCGGAGUGGCUCGCUAAACACAACCCUUCUGAAUUGGAGUACCAAAGGGCUAGAGAUAAUUUUACUGCUUCGUGCGCCGGCUACAGCGUGGCGACGUACCUGCUCGGCAUCUGCGACCGCCACAACGACAACAUCAUGCUGAAGACGUCCGGACACCUGUUCCACAUCGACUUCGGCAAGUUCCUGGGCGACGCGCAGAUGUUUGGCAACUUCAAAAGAGAUCGCGCGCCGUUCGUGCUGACCAAUGACAUGGUGUACGUUAUCAACGGCGGCGAGCGGCCCACGCAGCGCUUCCAGCACUUCGUGGAGCUGUGCUGCAUGGCCUUCAACAUCGUGCGCGCGCACCACGACCACAUACUCGACUUGUUCGCGCUGAUGGCGAUGUCCGGCGUAUCGGGCGUGUCGAGCGCGGCGGUGAGCUACGUGCGCGGCGCGCUGCUGCCGGCCGCUUCCAAUGCUGAGGCGGCCGCCGCCUUCGCGCAGCUCAUCAACUCCUCGCUUAAGAGCAAGUUUACGCCCAUUAAUUUCUUCCUGCACAAUUUGGCGCAGCUGAGAGCGAGCGGCGACCAGAGCAGUUGCUCCUCCGAACUCCUGUCCUUCAUGCCGAGAACUUACACGAUGGCGCAAGAGGGCCGUCUAGUGCGGGUGGAGUGCCUGAGCUAUGAAAAACGCUACGACCCAGAGAAGCAUUACGUAUACGCGCUGCGCGUGUACCGACAGGGCCAGACCACGCCGUCCGUGCUCUACCGCUCCUACAAGCACUUCACCGAGCUCUACCAGAAGAUCUGCCUUCACUUCCCGCUGGCGAAGGUUCACAGUUUGCCCAUCGGUCUCCACGUGGGCCGGUCCAACGUGCGCCAAGUCGCCGAGAAGAGGUUCGCCGACGUGCAAGCGUUCCUCACGUCGCUGUUCAGUCUCGCAGACGAGAUUGCACACUCGGACCUCGUUUACACGUUCUUCCACCCGCUGCUCAGGGACCAGCAGGACGUCGAGCCGCAGAGGCUGAGGAAGGGUGAGUCGGUAGAGGAGUCGAGCAGUGGCUCUGGCUCGCUGAAGCUGUCGGUGCAGUACGCGGGCGGCGUUCUCUCCGUGCUCAUACUGCACGCGCAGUCCCUGGCCGCCACGCCUCAGGGCCUGCCUCCUAACCCUUACGUUAAGGUGUACCUAGUCCCAGACCCCAACAAGGAGACGAAACGCAAAACGCGCGUACUGAAACGCAACUCGCACCCGUCUUUCAUGGAGAUGCUCGAGUAUCGGCUGCCACUCGAAGUGGUGAAGAACCGGAGUCUCCAAGCCACCGUGUGGAACUACGACUCCCUGCAAGAGAACCAAUUCCUGGGGGGUGUUGUGAUACCCCUGAACACGUUGAACCUCAAGGAGGAGACGGUGGCGUGGUACCCCCUGGAGUACAUACCGCGGUAGCUAAUACUCGCGCGCUCCGCUAUAUGGACUACCGACUUAAAGGUGCGGUGAUAUGAUCCUUGCGAUACUAAAUGGAGCGCAUGCUAUCGCUGAUGGACAAUGUGUUAUAAUUUUUUUUUAUUCGUUACAAGUUAGCCCUUGACUACAAUCUCACCUGAUGGUAAGUGAUGAUGGAGUAUAAGGUUGAAGUGGGUUAACUUGUUAGGAGUAGGAUGAAAAUCCACAUCCAUUUCGGUUUCUACACGACAUCGUACCGGAACGCUAAAUCGCAAAUAAUAUAAUUAUCAAAAAUUCUGCGUGAAAAAGAAAAUCUCAAAAUACGUAUUGCUCGUGGUUUCGUUUGCUUAAUUUUUUUAAAUCUCUAUGCUCUUGGCUCAUAUCAGGUUUUGUGGUAGAAUUGCAGGUGUGACUUAGUGACUACCCUACCAACAAAAACGUACCGCCAGACUAUAUGUUGCUUUGGUCAAAGAUUUGAUACUAUAGAUAUGUCACUAGCGUGUCAAAACUGAGGCGAAUAUAAGUGGCUAAUUGUCUUAAUUUCAUUGAAUCGCAUAUUAAACAACGUAAAUAUUGUCUAUAAUGACGAGUUGUGUGUUCAGGAAGUAUAUAUACAUAAAUAAUAAAUAUGUUAUGUAAAUAAACACGAAAUUGUGCAUUUGCGAUGAUUUUGUAGGCACGUAACAUGUAAACCAGAUUCCCAGUUGCGUGCACUGCAUAGAUGAAAACUGCACUGCCUGAGGGCUCAUUAUGAACGUAUAUUGGAAAGGAAUUUUCUAUUAUGUAUAGAAAUACCUUUGCGUAGUACCUACCUCAGUUAAAAACCUUGUGCACGCCACUGCAGAUCACCUUGAAACCAAAAGGCAACUCAGCAUUAUGCAAAUGUCCGAGCAAUCAUUCUGAUUCACAUAUCGAAACACAAGUUAUACUUGACGGAAAACUUCUUUUUCUUUGAGUGAUUUGUAUAUUUACUUAAAAUGUGGGUAUGAUAAAAAUUGUGUAACAAAUUCUUCAACCAAAAUAAAUACCAAUUAUAUAAGUGCGUAUAUUUUCAGUUCGAUAUCAGAAUGUCAUGUCCAAUCCAUACUAACAGGGUGGUUUAGUUUUUAAUAUCUAGUUUAAUUGUAUUGCACCAAACAAUCUUAACAAACGGGCAUUUAUUUCUACUUUUAAUUGCACAGACAGCUAUCCCGUUAGUAAGGACUUGGCGUAAAGAGAUUUUUUUGAAAUCUGAGGAUAAUGUUAAAAAUUGUAUAGAUAAGACUUACAAGCCCUUAAACAAAAAUUACAUGUGAAAUGAACCAACAUGAAUAACGCUUAGAAGGCUGUUACUAUAUCAGAAAAUAAUACUGAGCACUAUGCCGUCAUUUCUGAGCGGUAAAGUGGUGAGUACGAGAGUUAAUGGAAUUUCUUAGGUACAAAUGAUGAAUUACGACUAAUUAUUAUUAAUGUACGGCUUUGUUAUAGUGUUAAAGAUGACUAAAAAUAACUGACGGCAUAAUGUUUAGAGUUAUUUUCUGAUAUAGUAAGAGCUUUCUAAGCAUUAUUCACGUUAGUUUAUUUCCCAGGUAAUUUUUGUUCAAGGGCUUGUAAUUUUCUUAAUUCUCUGCUUGUGUGAAGUCUGCCAAUCCGCAUUGGGCUAGCGUGGUGGACUAUUGGCCUAACACCUCUCAUUCUGAGAGGAGACUCGAGCUCAACAGUGAGCCGAAUAUGGGUUGAUAAUGAAGCAUAUGUAUUAUGUAUAUCAUAUAUCUUGUAUUUUGAGAAUCUAUAUACUCUUUUUACUUGUAACUUACUGUAGGUCCAGUGUAGGUAUUUACACAGCCCUGUAUCAAAUUUUACUGAGGCAUAUCACAACUUAAAUUGUGUAUAUACGUACCUAAGUUUACACUAUAAUGGCUUACUACGCUAAAUUUAAACAUUUAAUUGAGACAUUUAAAAUUCGGCGCAAAAGGUGUAUACUAUAGCAAAAAGCAAACCAACAUAUUAUUAUAAAUGUAUAAAUUAUUGCUUUUUGUGUAGGCAAAUCAUAUAAAAACCGGCCGCUCAGAUAUUGCGUUUUUGACAGGUCGUGAUCGAAUGGGCGAUAUAACUUCGAACUGGCGUACAAGGUUAUGCCAACUGUUUGUCUUUGUAGUGAUAAGACAAAACAACGAGGCAAUAGGCCAGUUCACGCUUUUUUAAAUGGUCUUAAAUAGUUUAUUAUCGUUAUACUAGAUUGUUUUUUUAUGUAUUUUAGAGACGUGAUUACGUGAAAAUUUUAGUUUUUAAAUAUGUUUUUGACAAUACGAGGCUUAACGCCUGUCCGCCAUUUACGUCUUUAUUACAACUGUUUUAUGACGUCACUUUAACAAAUCCCUUACAAACGGAGCGUUUGACAAUAAAACUAGUUAACGAUUAGUUUGACGUUCAGUAUAUCAAGUAACAUUGUGACGUCACAAAAUGGAUGACUGUUUUGACGUUUAGAAAAUUUGAAAAAAUACAUGAUUUUUAAAUUAAGUUUUAUAAAACAUUCUUAACUUUUAUUAAUUAAUAUUGUUUGUAUUAAAUUUGAUAUGAGUCAACUACCCUAUUGUAAUUAAAUAUGUUUGUACCAUUCGAUCACGACUUGUCAGAAACGCAAUCUCGAAGCGGCCGGACUGUAAAUGAUUCCUUGUAUGCUCAUAUAAGAGUGCGGGAAGAGAUGACAGGGGACCGAGAGAGGCUUAAUUACAUUCAUUAAUUUGUUCAUUCAAUAAAUGAAGGAAUAAUAAUCGCCUGACGAUCGCUUGUCUCUCGCUUUCUAUCGUCAUAUUCGCACUAUUGUAUAGCGCAAGCGAUCUAUUCGACUAAUGGUUGCUAUAUUGGUCAUAAUUUUAGACUCACAUUCCAAAUUAGUAAAUAAACGUUUAAAGUUAUACGAAUAUUUAGAAAUGCGUUGAUGUUAUUUGUGGCGAUUCUCAUUUUUUUUUUUAUUUUUGGGGUAUCGUUUGUUCCUGUAGUAAGAGAUUUGUGCGCACGCAUUCUAACAUUUCUUACUGAGUAUCCAACUACUAAGGUCAUACAAUACCAAACCAAAUGAAGAGAUGCAUAUCUUAUAGUCUUAAAUCUGUAUUAGAAACGACCUUCACCCAUCUGUUUAUUUGACUACUUUUGAUUGAGUAGUAAAAAAAAAUAUAUUGUGGCUAUAUUAUUAUUUUUAUCAGGUUAAUAAUAAUGGCCAGAAAUUUUUAGGCAACCUACUCGCAAUAUACUUUUUAACGUACUAAAUUUGAUAUAAAUCACUUUUGGUCCAAUAAACAGAUGGGUGAAGAUUGUUUCUAAAUCGGAUCUUCUUCUAGCAUUCCAUGGAUUCAUGGGUGCCAGGUCAAUAGUGUGUCAAAAAGAAUAACUCUGAGCAAGGCUCGGGUUAAAAAGUUCCACUAUGGCAUAUCAAUACUCGCUUCUCAAUUUGUGAUAGUUAAAAUUCCUCCAUGAUUUUACAGCUAGUGUUCUCAGCGAAAAGGUAGUAAAAUAAAACGUAAGUACAGAAUUUACGACCUAAAAUAUGACUGACAGUAGGUCUAUUUUGCUUUGAUAUUAGUUUGAUACUCGAAAACGGAUGGAAUCUUAACGCGUGCAAAUCCUCUAAAAGUUACUUACUGAAGGUUAGAACAUUUAUAUUGUAGUUCUAAGCGCUGGUGCUUGUAGGCUUGUUGUCUUUUGUAGAUUUCUUGUAAAAUAUUGUGACAUUAUGUAUGAUUUAGGGUGAUCGCACAUUUUUACGCGCAAAACUCAUUAUUUUAAUCUACUUUUUAUAGUACUUCGUAGUGGAUGUGAAUUGUAUACAUAUAUGUUUUUGUAAAUUAGCAGAAAUAUGACUGUUUUCGGAACGGGUCGAAGAAAAUCAACCCAACUAAGAGUUGCAUAAAUUAAAUGAGUUAUGAGUAAACUUAUCUAAAUAAACUAAAAAGGAUCUGAAUUUAAAUAAUUAACAUAAAGAUGGAACCGACUUCAGAGAUGUAUUUCACUUAUUUUGAUUUUAACACAAAAUUGAUACAGCGAUUUUCAUGAAAAUGAAAUGGGACCAAUGUGGAAGUAUACUCUUUUAAACAAAAAAGAAUUUUCAAAAUUGGUUAAUAAGUGACGAAGUGAAAAAAUAAUUGAGAACCUCCAUUUUUUUUUUUUUUAAAUCGGUUGACAAAUGAUUGUUUUUUGCAAAUAUAGUUAUUGAGUUUUGCGCGUACAAACACAGGAUUAGUUUUAUAAAUGGUAAAGAUCUGAAUGAAAUGGACAGAUGUUUUGAUAAUAAACAAUGAAUUUCUAUACGCAGCUGUGUUUAGCCACGCUAGAUCGUGUACACUGUUUGUCUUUCUGUUUUAUAUCAUUAAUUAUUAUUUUAAGAAAUGAAAUAUAUUUUUAGAAACACUAUUUAUUGGAAUUUAGAUAAUAAUAUUAAUAAUUGUGUAUUUUACUAUUAUAUUUUGUAAUAUAGUUUGCUUUUGCAUUCUUAUGAACUUGGGCUUUUUCACUAGGGAUUUACUAAGAUGGGCAACGAGACGUUGAUUCAAAUUAUUUUUUUUAUAUUAUAUAUUUUAUAUCUUGACUUUCGCCCGAUAAUAACCAGAAAAAGUAGAUUUCUUUAUCAUACAUAAUAUCUGUUUGUGUUGGACUUGAUUUUUGAGUAAAUACUCUUGCUAAUUGAUUUUUUGGAAGACAUGUUUAUACAUCCUUGGUGAAAAGGUAGCACAAAACGUAGCGUUAUCAUAUUAUUCCAAUGGAUUAAUUAUACCAGAUCUAAUAGUCGAAUAAUAUACCACCUGCCAUCUAUAGAUGCAACACCAAAAAUUCUCAAGGUCAUUAUUAUGAUUAAAAUUCGGUGAAAGUGAGGUCUACAAAAUCUCUGCAGAUAACGAGAUAAUUUGAAAACACUACGUAAACAACACAAACGAGCCAUACGCCGUGAUUUUUCAAUGCACAAAAAAGUAUUGGAAAAUCAUAGACAAGUGAAAGCUGUGCUGUAAAAAUAAACGAAAUCAGCAAACUUGCCAACUUUAUUUACAUUAUAAUGGGAUAAUAGUUACAUUGCGUAUGGCUUGUGGCAAAUUUUCCGUUGCGUUAACGCGUUCGUUGUACGACUCGUUGAAAUUAUCUUCGAGUGAACGUUCCGAGUGACAGUGGUCUCUAGCCAUGUUACGAGAUUCACUUUCUAGAAAACUCUAACGCUUCGAAAUAGUAAAAAAAUGAUAGGUUGAUCACUUGGUAGCAUUUGUAGAAUGAGAAUCUAUAUUAUGUAGCAUGGCUACAGGCCAUUAUACCACAUAUUCUUCUUAUUCUUAUUCUUUUAUUCUUAUUAGUUGUAUCCGCAAUGCAUUAUUGAAAUAAUCGUCAACACAAAUGCUCGCACUUCAUUAAUCUUGCUGAAUGUUUGUUUCGUGCUUUACUUGAAAAACCCAAUGCGUUCACGGUUGCGUUUAAGUUUGCGUACAAUUAAGAAGACUUUAGAACUAAACGCAAAACGCAAAUAUAAACGCAGACUUAGACGCAUUGGCUUCGGCACGCUUUUAGUUGUAAUAGUAGAAUAUUUAUGAUUACGUUUUAUGUAUUACGAUGUGAAACGAAAAAGUAUUUAUACCUACCGCUUUUAUCAUAUCGAUAACCUCAAAGGCUUCCAGUAUUUGCUCAAAUUUAUUCACUGAGCAGAAUUAGUUAACGGUAGACUGAAUGUUUCUUUUUUUAAAUCUUGUAUAUAUUAAUUAAUAACUUUUAGAUAGUUUUUGUAUGAAAUACCUAGCAUCAAUUCUAUCCUAACGGAAACAAAACAAUCGAUUUGUUGUAUAUUACCUAUUUGUAUUUGUAUGUUUAAUAAAUAUCUUCGAUGUA